UAAUUUUGAAGCUGGGUAGCUGGUUUCCUAAAAAAAAAGUGAAUCGUCUACCUUUGUUUUUAGACCAUCAGUGAAUCAAGUAGAGAGGAUAUCAAGCUAGAAGUCCGUCAAGGAAAACCGUUGUUGACUGCCGUAGGUCUCUGGUGCAUGGACUCAGUGCCGGCAGGCUGUCCCGCCACCACCACUGACGUCACUAACGGUGGCUGAACGGUGGCUGACUUGGUGCAAGCCCGCACUAUACACCAGGCCGGAAUCACCCCCUUCACUUAGCGCGCCACGUCAUCGCAGUGGCCGGCCGCAUCAGCUGAGAGAAGCCGCACGGCGCACUGGCUGAGUAGCUCAAGGCAACACCAACCAUUCAUCCCUGCGCUUGCACGUGAUUAACUGACUGUGGUUAUUUAUUGCUAGUUUGGAUGAUAUGUGUAGUGUCGCAACUGUUGUAUUAUUUCGCUUGUUAAACCACAUACACCUAGUGCUUAUUAAGUUGACAGUGUGUAAGUAUGAAGAUAAAAAUGUAUAAAUAUCUAAAUUGAUCGUAUCGUUAGAUUUUAUUACACAACUGUGAAUAUUAAAUAUGCCCACUUCCUGCUGUGUACCUGGCUGUGACAGCAAUUACAAAGAUGACGGUAGGAUUGCAGUUUUUAAAUUCCCUAAUGAUGUUAAGUUUAGGCAACAACGGCUUCGUUCCAUUCAUAGAAAAGACGUUGUAUCAAGUAAGAGCUCGGUAGUAUGCAUCAAACACUUUGAUGAAUGUUAUCUUGUAAGAGAAAACUCAGUAACUAGGCCGGACGGAAGUGUAUUGACAGUAAAAAGAGACCGAGUAAAACUUACGCCGAAUGCUGUGCCAACUAUUUUUAAAAAUCAGCCUUCGUAUUUGUCAGUAAACUUGCCUCAGCUAAGAAACCCCCCGGAAACAAGAGAAAAUGAAAUGUUGAGACGUCAAGAGGGGAAAAAAGAAAAAUUAGCAGCUUUAGAUAUUAUUAUUAGUAUUAAGGAAAUAGUAAAUAAAUAUGACAAGAGUUGUGAUUUAUUAAAAAACGAUGUAUUUUUAUAUCAAUCUAAGGAUAGUGUACAAUUUUUCAAUGUGUCUAAAAAAAGCAAGGGUAACUUGAAAGUAUCUAAGUGUAUCAGUAUUAGUGAAUGUCUUUCUUGCACUUUUUAUUGUAAUAAUAUUGUGAUAAAUACUUAUCCUAAGGUUGCAGGAAUUUUAGGUGGUUUAAAUAUUUUAAACUCUUGGGAAAAACUUACGCUUUUGUUGAAUUGUGUAUUUGAAGAAAAUGUUGAUUUUGUUACAGAAAAUAUCACAACAGAAGAACACAUUAAAAUAAUAAAUAACUCAAUUGACAUUUUAAUUACAGAACAUGCUGACAACACAAAAGCCACAACGAGACUGAUGUUUUUUAAGGAACAGAUUAAUCUGACUUUUAAGGAAAAAGUUAGCUAUUGUAUAAAUACUCUUCUGUGGUUUGCUACUGUAUUGUUUGCUUAUCCUGCUGCUUAUAAUUACAUACGAGCAGCAAAGAUAUUCACUAUGCCACGCCCAAAAUAUCUUAGUAAGUACACGCUUAAGUUAGGGCUGAACAACACUGGAUUAGAAUCUGGCACAUUAAUUACUUAUGUAAGAAAGCAAGCCUUCUUAAUGAUAGUGAAAAAGUAUGCAGUCUUUUACUAGAUGAAAUUUAUGUAAAACCACAAGUUAAAUACUGUGCAGGUAAAAUAGAGGGGUUGGUUCUAAACGACAAUAAGCUUGAACUUGCGAGUACUAUACAAGUUUUUAUGAUAACUUCUAUUUUGUCAAAAUAUAAAGAAAUCGAAAGGUCUGUUUCCUGUCAAAAGCUUGACUACAUAUACUUUGUUCAUCCUAACUAAUCAAGUUAUAAAAUUACUCACUGACUUAGGUUUUAGAAUAACAUGUUUAAUAUCCGAUAACGAUAAAGUAAACAGAAAUAUGUUUGUGCGAUUUUGUAAUGGCCAGUUGAUGUCUAAAUUUUCUAACCCAUACUGUGAGUCAUAAAAUAUAUAUACUCUUUUUGAUCCAGUCCAUUUAUUUAAAUGUAUAAGGAACAAUUGGCUGAAUCAAUGUGAUAGCAAACAGUCAUUUACGUUUCCAAAUUUCGACAAUUAUAAUAUUAAACAAACUGCAUGUGUAUCUGACUUGAAAAUGUUACACAAGAAAGAACAAUAUGAAAAUGUAAAAUUAGCACCUGCUUUGUCUCUGAAAGUUCUCUAUCCCACUUCGAUAGAAAGGCAAAAUGUUUUACUUUAUUGUAAAUUAUUUGACGAAAAAAACAUUGCAGCUCUAAAAAAUACCGAUAUAAACUCUAGUAGGUACUGCUUAUUUCAUGGACAUCAUUUUAAAAUGGUGGAAAGUUGUGAAUGUAAAACAAGCUUAUAAAUGGGUAAGAUUUAAUGAUGAAUAUUACAAGCCAAUUAACUCAAUGACAGACAAAACCAGUUUAUAUUUAGAAAAAUUUUGUUCAUGGUUAGUUAAGUGGAAUGAGAUAGAGAUUCAAGGAGAAAAAGUAGGUAGUAUGAAUGGUAAAUUAUCUAAAGAAACUCAAGAAGCAUUGUUACUUACGACAAAAACUCUGUUAGAAAUAAUCGAAUUCUUAACUAAGAACCUAAAAUUGUCCUACAUCUUACUAGGAAAAUUUCAAACAGAUAGUUUGGAAGCACGUUUUGGCCAAUUUAGGCAAAUGAGUGGGGCCUGCUAUAAAAUUUCUGUAAAUCAGGUAAUACAAUCUGAAAAAAGUUGAAAAUAUUAAGUCUCAUUAAAUUAUACUCUGCAAAACAUUCUGAAAUAUUUAUAUCAGAUAUAUACUCUCAGAACGAUGAUUUAGAGAAAUGUGAAAAAGAAAUCGUUAAUCCAGUUUUUGACUAGUUUCAAGUAGAUCUGAAUGAAGUUAAAGUUACAGAGUGAUAUGUUAAGUUUAGUAUAUAUUGGUGGUUAUGUAAGCCAUAUUAUUUUAAAUAAUAUAUCAUAUAAAUCGUGCAAGGAAUUGUUAACCCUUGGUUGUGACUCAAAUUGUUCUAUCGGUCCUUUACGGAAGGAUAAUGUUUACUAUAACUUAAUUGAUAGGGGUACCUUGAAAUACCCCUCUGAUUUCAUUAUGCAGGUUAUUGUUAUAUCUUUUAAAGUUUUUAAAGGAUAGAUAUGAAAGUAAAUUUCUUCUGAGAAAUAAUCAGAGAGCAGUAUUAAAACAGACUAUCUUAGAAUCUUUGGCCUUAAAUGAGAAUGAAAAGUGUAACAGUUGUAAUGUAGAAAAAAGUCGACUUACAGUACAAUUAAUUUUUUCAUUUUGUAAUAUUCUUUUGAAUAAUUAUUCCAGAUCAGCAACUGAUUCAAUGAAAAGAAAACAGCCUGAAAAGAUUUGUAGUGAAAAUACAAAAUCUAAAAAAAAGAGAAAAGUUUCUAAGUUAAGUUCGAACUAAAAUG